AUGUUCACGUACAUUUUAUGUGUCAUAUCCCAUGGUUUCAUUGGAAUAUUAGCCCAAACCACGGAACCAGUAACAACAUUACGACCAAUAGACGAGCGGAUUUGUGUACCAGGAUUUGUUUGCCGACAUGGCCAUUGUGUUAAAUCUGAUUUCCUGGAAUGUAUAUGUGACCCAGGUUGGAUAGGAACCUUCUGUGAAAAGCAUUGCCCUGUUGAUUGUGGCCAACAUGGAAAAUGUAUGAUGUAUAACGAGAAACCAACAUGCGUUUGUGAUUGGAGAUAUACGGGUUCAUUUUGUGACAAAAUAAAAUUUCCAACAACAACGGUAGUCAGUGAGUCGACUACCCAAAUUACCAAUAUAACGUCUUUGUCAACGUCAUUACCUCAAAACUUGUCAACUACCAUGCAACCACUCAACAUGCCAACCACAAACGCAUUAUCUACAACUGAUCAGGGUCAACAAUCACUAGGAUCAUACCCAUCGACCAGUACUACACAAAUUUUAUUGCGGUCAUCUACUAGUACUUCACCUAUAACAUUGGUACCAGAAUCCUCAAUAACAGUAUCAUUACCAUCAACAACUAAUCCGAUAACUACAUCAACAUCCUCAACCCUUCCACCAGCAACGACAUCAUUGUCAUCACCAGCAGCAUCAACUAACAGUCCUCAGAGAACAGAAUGUUUCCCAGGGUUCAUCUGCCAGCAUGGCCAAUGUCCAGAGGGAAGAUUGAUCUGUAUCUGUGAUGAAGGGUGGGUGGGUCCCUUCUGUGAGUGGAAAUGUAAUUUGACCUGUGGUGACAAUGGGCAUUGUAACAGUUAUAGUGAUGGUGGUGUAUUUUGUAACUGUAAACCAGGGUACACGGGGGAUCAUUGUGAUAUUUUUGAGACCACCAUCCCAGAAACUACGACGAUCCCUACAACUAUAUCUUCAACUAAUCACACAUUACCUCCAAAAUCACAAGAGAAUGAGUUAUCAAACUUGAAGCAAUGUAAGCCUGGCUUUACAUGCCUUAAUGGUAUUUGUAACAAAAUAGAUACUAAGCCAAGCUGUAUUUGUGAGUUCGGAUACAUGGGGCUAUUCUGCGAAAAGAAAUGCCCUAUAACCUGUGAUAUGAACGAAAUCUGCGAGCUACACAGCAAUGGUUCAGCUUUUUGCAGCUGUAAUUGGACACAUACUGGUCUGAAUUGUACAAAAUUACGACCAGACCCUGAUGAAUUUAGAGGAGAUCAAAACGAUCCUGUAUGGUAUUGGUAUUUAAUAGGUUCUUGUAUAGUACUUUUAGUAAUAUUAUUAAUAUUAGUAGUUGUUAUACCAUACUGUAUGUGGAAAAGACGUGAAAUAUUCAUUAUGAAAAUUAUGUACAUGUUUCAACCUUAUGAAGAUGAUGAUGACAAAAUGUUUGAUGCCUUUAUCUCGUAUAAAUCAACUGCAAAAGAUGAAGAUUUUGUAUUACGUCAGUUAUUUCCUCGCCUGGAAACGGAAAAUAAUUUUAAACUUUGUCUUCAUUUCCGUGAUUUUAUACCUGGUGAAAACAUAUCCAAUAAUAUCAUAUGGGCAGUAGAAAACAGUCGUCGUACCAUUUUAAUAUUGACACCAGAUUAUAUACAGAGUGAAUUCUGUAGAUUUGAAUAUCAACGAGCACAGCAUGAAAUGUUGAACAGAAAACAGCGAAUAAUUCCAAUUAUCUUAGAAGAUGUGUCAAACCAGAUGAACUAUAUGGACAACGCUCUGAGAUCAAUUGUGAAGUCAAUCACAUAUCUAACGUGGCCUGGAGAAAAGAAGGAGGCUGACGUAAACAAAUUCUGGAAAAGGUUAGAAUUGUCGUUACCGAAGAAAAGACAAGAGAGAAAUUUGUGUAAGACAAAGGGAAAAUCUAAGCCUGAAAAUGUGAAAUUAAGACGUUUUUCGAGGGAUAUUCGACCUAGUAAUACUGACGACAAUGAUUUUGUGAGACUGUCUAUAGAUGAUGAAAGCAUUUUAAAUGAAUUUCGAAACAGCAGAGACACUAAUUCUAUGACAGUAUUAAUGUGA